AACGUGCUCUGAUCAGUUUACCUUAUUCGGCAGAAAUGGAAUUAUUCACUGGUUAGGUAUCUACCAGUGUUGUGGUUUAAGUAGCGCUGACGCCUGAGUCUUGUGACCAUAUUGUGCCGCGUUGAAAUCCGUCAGACAGAGAGCAUACCUCAUACACGACAAAUGUUUUCGGGUUCAGUCCAUUACUGUAGGCCGUUAGAAAUGGAUUGCCGAAGUGCAAGUUUCGCGGUUAUCUUACGCCGGCGAUAAAGAUAGGUUUAGCCCGUAGUAUUUUUUAUUGACUCAGGUGAUAAACUGUUUUUCAACGGUAAACCGGUUUCAUAGUGAGUGGCUUGAAGAAUAUUUCACCUCUUUGCAUGCACGAAGGUAAAGAGGUCGCACUGGGAACUGAUGAUGCAUUUAGCGAGUGAAAAAUUGUAUACACACGGUGCAGUUUAGAGUAAACCGUCUUGAAGAUAUCCGUGAUUUAAAUUCGUAUGGACAAGUACACGAAAGAAACAAUGAAUGACCUUAAGCUCAAGCCUAUUGAAGACUCCAGCCUGUACAAACGGCGCACUACAUCUCGGGAAAACCUCAACACAGCUGCAGCUGGUGGCUCAGAUUAUUCAAUGACGUCGGCUGCGGGUAACUACGCUAACUUCUACUCAGUCGAACGCAGCCAGCCGUCCCCACUGAGGCAAAUAGAUGAAGGAAUGCUUUAUCAAAACACCCCAGCGGCGAUAAGAAAUGUACAAUAUGUCAACAGCAAUGUCGCAAGUGCAAAUGUGGGCGAAUUCAUUGCUAACCGAAAUCGAAGUCCGGUUGAUAGUUCUUACAGAAUCAGUGAAAAAGACGCUAGUGACCGUAAUUAUAGUGCAACAGGCGAAAGCCUAUUUCCAGCAAACGUUGUUCGUGACUUGAAAAGCCUUAGUUUGGAUACAAGGCAAUCGCCAUCUAUUGGACAGUAUCAAAAUUUUCCGCUGGUAGACUCAGUCCCAAAACCACGGAAAAUGGAACUCAAGGAUCCAACGGGUCGAAGCAAUGUGCAAGUUAUUGGAGUUUCGGCCAACAUGUCGCUUGGUACGAUGAUGUGCACCAGGUGCGACGAGGGUUUCGAGCCGCACGAGAGAAUCGUCAAUUCGAACGGACAGUUGUGGCAUACGCAAUGCUUCGUAUGCGCACAAUGUUUCCGACAGUUCCAGGAUGGAAUCUUCUACGAGUUCGAGGGUCGCAAGUACUGCGAGAAGGAUUUCCACAUCCUGUUCGCUCCAUGCUGCAACAAGUGUAACGAUUUCGUGAUUGGGCGCGUUAUCAAGGCGAUGGCGGCCAACUGGCACCCGGAGUGUUUCACGUGCGAGAGGUGCAAUAUUCCGCUGGCCGAUUCCGGUUUCAUACGGAACCAGAAUCGUGCACUCUGCCACGACUGUAACCGCAAGGAGAAGGAAGUUGGCUUGGGGAAACAUAUUUGCAACAAGUGCCAUGGUAUAAUUGAUGAAACACCGCUGCGUUUUCGUGGGGAGGUAUAUCAUGGAUACCAUUUUAAUUGUACCGCAUGCGGAGUCGAGCUGGAUUCAUCUGCAAGAGAAGUUAAAAAUCGCACCGGUUAUGCUGCCAAUGAUAUGAACGAACUGUACUGCCUUCGGUGCCAUGAUCGCAUGGGUAUCCCUAUUUGUGGUGCUUGUCGUCGUCCGAUUGAGGAGCGCGUCGUGACUGCCUUAGGAAAACACUGGCAUGUCGAGCAUUUCGUAUGUGCCAAAUGCGAGAAACCCUUCCUUGGGCACCGACAUUACGAGAAACGCGGCUUAGCGUACUGCGAAACUCAUUACCACCAGCUGUUCGGUAAUCUUUGCUUUGUAUGCAAUCAAGUCAUAGCUGGUGACGUAUUUACCGCUCUCAACAAAGCAUGGUGUGUUCAUCACUUCUCAUGCUCGAUUUGCGACAACAAAAUGGAUCAAAAAUCCAAAUUUUACGAGUACGACGAAAAACCGGUCUGCAAAAAAUGUUACGAGCGUUUCCCAGCCGAACUGCGACGUCGCUUACGCAUCGCUCACGAGAACACGCUAAAAAAGAAUGUUAACUAAACAUGAUCGAUUAAAAGCGUCAAAAGGUCAUCUGUGAACGUAAUGCUGAAAAAACGCCCUGGUUCACUUAUCCAGAAAUAACAUGACGAGAACGAUAACACAGUAAACCAGUUCAUUAUGUUUAACAAUACUUCUAUUUAUCGACUGUCGACAGAUAAAAUACGAAGUAAUUUUAUAUAUUAACUUACUGUUGUGCCUUGAAUUUUAAAAUCUCGAAAAAAUAAUAUAUUUAAACUUAGAAUAUUUACAAUAACUUGAUGUAAUCGCAGACAAAACACUUACCGUUCUAAUUACAAACAGCAGAGAGUGGCCUAACUUAUGCGUUACUAUAGUCUAAUCCGUGUAGUUUGCUGGAGCUUACGUGUCAAACAUUUGUAGGAAUAAAUCUUUUUUUCUAACAACUAAAAUGAUGUCA